AGGAUUAUAUAUAUAUAUAUAAAACCCAAUUAAAAUUAAUUAUUGUGGUUUGACCGCUGGCUGGACCAGUCCGCGCCAUCACCCACUCCGCUAAGACCGAAUUGUCAUGACCUGAAUCUAUUAUUAAGAAAAACUGAAAAGGAAGGAAGAAGGAUGGGUCACGGAAGCUCUAAGGAAUUGCCUAGUACGGAAUCUAAUAGCGAAGGAGGUUCGACCCGCUUCUCUCGAAUGAAACAGAAACUUCACUUCCACAGCAAAGAUCAACACCAUCCUCAUCUCCGUCUCAUAUUCCGUCGCAUUUCUGUUUCACGAGGAAAUGGAAGCUCCUCCUCCUCCUCCACUUCCGCUCUCAAACUCGUCUCCGCUGAGGAUUUUGCUGGAAUUGCUCUCCUCACUCUAAUUAGCGCUGACAUGCAAUUCAAAGACAGGUGGCUCGCUUGUGUUUCCCUUGGCGAACAGACUUUCCGCACCCAUAUUUCUCACCAGACCCACAAACCUGUUUGGAACUCGGAAAAGAAGCUUAUGUUAGAGAAAAAUGGGCCUCAUCUUGCCAGGAUUUCUGUUUUCGAGACCAAUAGAGUAUCGAAGAACAAACUUGUUGGAUAUUGUGAGAUUGAUCUACUUGAAUUUCUAGCACGGGAUUCAGAUUCUGACUUUGAAGUGUUUGAACUUUUUGACCCAGCACCAGCUGGUAAAGUUGUCGGCAGAAUUUCUCUCUCGUGUUCUGUUGAGGAUCCAAUUGAAACAGAGAAAAAUUUUGCAAGACGCAUCUUAGGAAUUGUGGAUUACAACGAAGAUGGGCAGCUUUCUUUCUCUGAGUUCUCUGACUUAAUUAAGGCUUUUGGCAAUCAAGUGGCAGAUAAGAAGAAAGAGGAGCUUUUUAAAGUUGCUGACAAGAAUGGUGAUGGUGUUGUAAGCAUGGAUGAGUUGGCUGAACUUCUUGCCAUUCAACAAGAAAAUGUGCCUCUUAUAAAUUGCUGCCCUGUUUGUGGUGAGGUUCUUGAAGUUUCUGAUAAGCUAAAUACCCUGGUCCAUUUGAGUCUUUGUUUUGACGAGGGAACGGGAAAUCAAGUUAUGACAGGUGGAUUUCUUACUGAUAAACAGGCUUCUUAUGGGUGGAUGUUUAAACUGAGUGAAUGGGCUCAUUUUUCAUCGUAUGAUGUUGGUUUGAACUCUGGUUCAAGUGCUUCACAUAUUCUGGUAUUUGAUAGGAAGACAAAGAGGCUUGUGGAGGAGUUAAUUGAUAAAAAGAUUGUUCUGUCAAUGAGAGCAAUUUAUCAGUCAAAGAUAGGACUGGGCCUUAUGGACAAAGGAGCAAAAGAAAUCUUGCAAAGCAUCUCUGAGAAGCAGGGAAGGGAAAUGAACACUAUAGAAUCUGCUAGAGACAUUCCUAAGUUUGUUGAAUUUUUCAAGGAUCAAAUAAAUUUGGCUGAAAUCAAGUACCCUCUAGAACAUUUUAAGACAUUCAAUGAGUUCUUCAUAAGAGAAUUAAAGCCUGGUGCAAGACCAAUUGCUUCCGUGGAACAUGAUGAUGUUGCCAUAUGUGCAGCUGAUUGCCGUUUAAUGGCUUUUAAGUCUGUAGAAGACAGUCUACGAUUUUGGAUCAAGGGCCGCAAAUUUUCUAUACAAGGGCUUUUGGGAAACGAAAUAUACUCAAGUGCAUUUGCUGAUGGUACCUUGGUCAUAUUUCGAUUGGCACCACAGGAUUAUCACCGUUUUCAUUCUCCAGUUUCUGGAACCAUUGACAAAUUUGUAAAAAUACCUGGGUGUUUAUAUACAGUUAAUCCUAUUGCUGUCAACAGCAAGUAUUGUAAUGUUUUCACUCAGAAUAAGAGGGAAGUUUCGAUUAUUUCUACUGCACAUUUUGGAAAGGUAGCAUUUGUUGCAAUAGGAGCAACUAUGGUUGGCAGCAUCACCUUCUCGAAGAAGGCUGGUGACCAUGUCAAGAAAGGAGACGAGUUAGGGUAUUUCUCAUUUGGUGGAAGCACAGUGAUUUGCGUCUUUGAAAAGGACGUGAUUAAAAUAGACGAGGACCUCUUAGCAAAUAGUGCCAGGUCACUUGAGACCUUGGUUACUGUUGGAAUGAGUUUGGGUGUUGCAACUAAGAAACAAACAAAAGUUGGUAUGCCAAACAUCGAUAAUGGGUGGUAGAAGAAUGAGAGAGCUCAUGAUUUGGUAUCAUUUUGAAUCUUGCAGUGUGUGUGGUAUUCAUUGUAAAUGUUUCCGGAAGAAGAUGGAAAUGGUUGCAAUCGUGGUGUAGAUGGUGUUGUAGUCUUGUCAUUCAGGUUGAUUUAAAUGGUUGAAACAUGGAAGGAGUACGUACCUAAUUCUCAUGACUAUUUUUACAUUUAAAAAAAAUAGAUUUUUUUUAUUUACUUUAA